UUUUUUCCAUUUAAGUCCUUUUUUUUUUCUGGAUGGGGAAACUGAGGUUCAGGGUCAUAGUAGGUUAAGAUCAGAAUCCAGGGCUGGCAUCCUUCUCCCUAAGUUUCCAGCAUCCCUUGGGUUGGGGGCAGAAACGACAAGGGGAGGAAGUGGCAGGAUAGAAGACUGACUGAUGUCACCUGUGUUGCAGCUGAGCCUGCGUGCAUGGCUUGGCGCGUGGCUGUGCCGGAGCUACAGGACCAACUACAGUGCCCCAUUUGCCUGGAGGUCUUCAAGGAGCCUCUGAUGCUACAGUGCGGCCACUCCUACUGCAAAGACUGCCUGGACUCCUUGUCCCAACACCUGGACUCCGAGCUGCGCUGUCCCGUGUGUCGUCAGUGGGUAGACUACAGCAACUCCCCACCUAAUGUCUCCUUGGCACGGGUGAUCGAUGCUCUGAGGCUCCCGGGGGACACAGAGCCCACCAUUUGCGUGCACCACCGAAACCCUCUCAGCCUCUUCUGCGAGAAAGACCAGGAGUUCAUCUGCGGUCUCUGCGGCCUGCUGGGCUCCCACCAACACCACCGAGUCACACCAGUCUCCACCGUCUACAGCCGCAUGAAGGAAGAACUCGCAGGCCGCAUAUCCGAGCUGAAGGAGGAGCAGAGGAAAGUGGAGGAACACAUUGGCAAACUGGUGAACAACAGGACCCGGAUUAUCAAUGAGUCCGAUGUCUUCAGCUGGGUGAUCCGCAGAGAGUUCCAGGAGCUGCAUCACCUGGUGGAUGAAGAGAAGGCCCGCUGCCUGGAGGGGGUAGAAGGUCACACACGUGGCCUGGUGGCCUCCCUGGACAUGCAGCUGGAGCAGGCCCAGGGUACUCAGGAGCGACUGACCCAGGCCAAGCAGGUGCUGGAGCAGUUCAGUAAUGAGAGUCACCAUGAGUUCAUCCGGUUCCACGCCAUGGCCUCCAGGGCAGAGGUCCAGCAGGCUCGGCCUUUGGAAGGAGCGUUCAGCCCAAUAUCCUUCAAGCCAGGUCUCCACCAGGCCGACAUCAAACUGACUGUGUGGAAGAGACUCUUCCGGAAAGUUCUGCCAGCUCCAGAAUCUCUCAAGCUGGAUCCAGCUACUGCCCACCCUCUCCUGGAGCUCUCCAAAGGCAACACAGUGGUACAGUGUGGCCUCCUCGCCCAGAGACGGGCCAGCCAGCCUGAGCGCUUCGACUACAGCACCUGUGUCCUGGCCAGCAAGGGCUUCUCUUGGGGUCGCCACUACUGGGAGGUGGUGGUGGGUAGCAAGAGUGACUGGCGCCUGGGAGUCAUCAAGGGCACAGCCAGCCGCAAGGGCAAGCUGAGCAAGUCCCCAGAGCACGGCGUAUGGCUGAUAGGCCUGAAAGAGGGCCGCGUGUAUGAGGCUUUUGGCUGCCCACGGCUGCCGCUGCCUGUGGCUGGCCACCCCCAUCGCAUCGGUGUCUACUUACACUAUGAGCAGGGUGAACUCACUUUCUUCGACGCCGACCGCCCCGAUGACCUGCGGAUACUCUACACCUUCCAGGCUGACUUCCAGGGCAAGCUGUACCCCAUCCUGGACACAUGCUGGCAUGAGAGGGGCAGUAACUCACUGCCCAUGGUACUGCCCGCACCCAGUGGGUCUGGACACCUCACACCCGUACAGCUAUAGGCUGCCCUGAUGCGGUCUGCCCGUUGGCCCAUCCUGCUAGACACAGGAAUUUGAGGGGUUCUGCUGGUCUUAAAGUUUGGACUGCUUGAGAAGUUUCUUCACACCUGCACAUCCCUGAAACAUUUCUAGCAGGGAAUAUAGGCCCCUCCCCACCACCUAGGGUAUGUGUAUUACCUUCUAUCUUCCCAGGUCCUUUAUCUACUCAACCUGAGCAACCCUGUCCCUCCCAACUCUUCCAGCAGAGAGCAGAAACAGUCCUACACAUACUGAAUUCUUAUCAUUGGACCCUUCAAACACCUAUUAAAAACAAUAAAUUUGACAUUUUUCUCAUUAUUACUAUUACUUCGGCACCAAGAUGAAAGGUAUUUGGACCUCAAUAUUAGGUUUCUCCCCCAACACAGUAAGCUAGAUCAAACUGAAUUAAAAAGACCAGGCAAAGCUCUCCCAGGUGGCCUUUCUAGCCCCCAUAGGUGAGGCAGGGGAAGGGAGCAGGUGAAAUCACUUGGCUGAGCUAGAGGAGGGGGCUUAAAUACCCUGUAGGCAUGGUCUUGAGCAGCUUACAGCUUUGGGGGAGGAGCCUGGACUUCAGGCAAUCUUUCUGAGAGGGCAGGGUUUGGAAUGGGGCCAAGCUGGAGAUUCCAGCCAAAAAAUUACUGUUUUUAAUAUUUUCGUUUUAGUUAGGUGUAUGUUUGGGGGUGCUGUGCCCACAGAGAUCAGAAAAGGUUACAGGAUCCCUUGGAGCUGGAGUUACAAAGGGUUGUGAGCUGCCUAACGGGUUCUGGGAACAGUAUGUGCUCUUAACGGCUGUACCAUCUCUCUUAGCCCCAGCUAAGACUAUUAUCUUGAGACAGAGUCUCAUGUAGCCCAGGCUGGCCUGAACUGGCUAGCCAAAGAUUACCUUGAACUUUUUUUGUUUGUUUGUUUUUCUGUGUAGCUUUGAGACAGGGUUUCUCUGUGUAGCUUUGCGCCUUUCCUGGAACUCACUCUGUAGUCCAGGUGGGCCUUGAACUCACAAAGAUCCACCUGCCUCUGCCUCCCGAGUGCUGGGAUUAAAGGCGUGUGCCAUCACCGCCCGGCUAGAUUACCUUGAACUCUUGAUCCUCCUGCCUGAGUGCUGGGGUACGGAAGUGUGCCAUUAUGCCUGGCUUAAUUCAGUGGAGGGACUGGAACUAAGGGCUUUCAGCCUCUUGGCAAGCACUCUUCUGAGUUACGUCAGCAUCCCUCCUCCUCCUCAUCACCAAUGUUGAGGAUUGAUCCCAGAGAUCUGCACAUGCUAGGCUCUACUUCCAGCAGUAAUCUUUGCCCUAUUAAAAACAUACUGUUUCCAGGAAAGGCGCAAAGCUACACAGAGAAACCCUGUCUCGAAAAACAAACAAACAAACACACUGUUUAAUAGUCUAGUCUAUUUUUUGCAGUGCUGAGGAUGGAAUCCCAGAGCGCCACAUUUACUAGGUGGACGCUCACACAGAACCACAUCUCCAACCCCACAUCAGUGGAUUGAGGCCGGUAAUCUACUUCUGAGCCACACCCCCAACCCCUCAACUGGGGUAUUCUAGGCAGGUGUUGUACCACCGAACCACGCCCUCAGCCCCUGACUGGGGGAUUCUAGGCAAAUACUUUACCACUGAGCAAUACUUCCAGCCUCUCAGUAGAGGCAUCUAGGCUGUGCUUUAUGACUGAGUCUUUCAUCUUAUCAUUGGAGGAGGCUGAGGCAGGACGGCGAGUCUGGGGUACAUUUUGUGUCCCAGAGUAAAAAACUAUCAAGCAGGCCGGGUGGUGGUGGCGCACACCUUUAAUUCCAGCACUCGGGAGGCAGAGCCAGGCAGAUCUCUGUGAGUUCAAGGCCAGCUUGGUCUACAGAGCGAGAUCCAGGACAGGCACCAAAACGACACAGAGAAACCCUGUCUCGAAAAAAAAAAAAAAAACCC